GUAACUGGAGGAUGUUAUUGCAGAAAUGACAAAGGAAAAUGCUUCUGUGUUGUAACUUGUUCCAUCGGUCUCCCGUAGGCUGCUGUUCUCACGUUAACUCCCUGGGUUGGGUUUCUGAAGACAAUAGUUUUAUGCUACUAAGUAGAAAGCACUGAGAGGAAACAUAGCUUAAGAAAAAGUGAUACUUUCACGUUAACUAUUAACCAGAUUCAAACAAGCUCGAGCACAUUUCAAGUGAGGGUAACUUGUUGGGCUGUUGAACAAGAAGGAACUCCAGAGUGAAGAAUAGGCAUGGGGAUACUCUAUUCAGAGCCCAUCUGUCAGGCAGCUUAUAACAACGAUUUCAACAAAGUUCAUCUCCUUUUGGAGAGCAACAGCAACUAUUUGAAUGUCCAGGACAGCUUCCUUGGAGACACCCCCUUAAUUUGUGCAUGUAGACAAGGAAACAACAGGAUAGUUAACUAUCUUCUUAGGAAACAUGCUGAUGUCAACAUCAGAAAUAAGAAGGACUGCACUUGCCUCCACUAUGCUGUGAGGAAACGGUUCACCUUCCUUGACUAUGUGCUCAUCAUAAUCCUCAUGCCAGUUAUGCUUAUUGGGUACCUCCUCAUGGUCUCAAAGACAAAACAGAAUGAGCACCUGGUCAAGAUGUUGCUUAGAGCUGGAGUCGAUGUGAAUGCUGCAGACUCUUCUGGCAGCACAGCCCUUCACUAUGCUUGUGAAAUGAAAAACCAGGCAGUCAUUCCUCUACUGCUUGAAGCUCAUGCAGACACUUCUGUAAAGAAUCAGGAUGGGGAGACUCCCUUAGAUAUAGCAAGAAGAUUACAGUUCCACAGCAUUGAAAGCAUGAUAAGAAAAGAUUCUUAGCCAUCAAGAACUCUCAAACAUGCAGAAAAUCACCUCAUCUGACAACCCACCUUUCACAACAGCAGAAGUGCUGCAGAGGAUGGGGGCUGAUGCUUGAUAAAGACCCAGUCCACAUCCACCCAUUCCUUGCUGCAGACUUGGACAAUUUUGUGUGAGAUUUAUCAGUGCCCCGAGGCCAUGAAGUUCAUUUUAUUUUACUAAGCCAUGAAUUACUACAAUAGUGUUUAAAAUAUUGCCCUUUCCAUCUGCUUCAUCAGUUUUAUUACUUGACUUCUGCAGACUGUGGAUUUUGAAAGCUAGCUAUAAAAUAUCUGGAAGCCUAAACAUUGCAUAUGAUGGUUGGCAGCCAAUGCAAAAAUAAAAUAUCCUUUAGAGUGUGUGCUACUUGUUCCAUAGGGAAGGUAAGCAAUAUGAUACAGCAGUUAUAAAAGGCCUGGUACCCUUCUUCUUAGUAUUUAUCUUCCUACAAUGAGAGGGGCUGGGAAAACAGAUCUCUCAGCUGAGCCCUUCCUCCUUCCAUCCUUCCUAGAAUUUUCACACACCUUAAUUCUCCCUGUGUUGCUACAAGGGUAGGACUUAGAUUUCAUCUAAGAAACAGCAAAAAGAGAUUCAAUGCCUUGCUGGAUUAAGAAAGAAAGUCAAUUCCCAGAUCACUUUAAUGCAUUAAGAAAUAGUAAAGAAAAUAUGUUUGGCUCAGUAGAGAAACAGGUCUCUUGACUACCUUUCCAGUACAAACAGUGCACUAAAGAAAAAAGAGUCAAUAAAUGAAAUGCUGUUGAUGGAAACCAGAUGUAUCAUUCCCAUGGGACUAGGCAGGAUAGCCUGCUGUACAGAGUGGUGCAGGCAGCAGGGAAUAAUACCAAUCAUAAUAAUAAUAUAUCCAUGAGUCUUCUCUUGCAUAAGUAAAGGCAGAAGAAAACCUGCAGUAAUAAGCAAUGUAUUAAAGUGGUCCAGUGCUUUGUGAUUUAAUAAUGCAGCAAUAAAGGGGAAGCUCCUUUCAUACACUGCUGUGUUGUGCCUCCUUGGUCUAAUGGAUCUUUAUUUUUGUUGACAAUUUUGGCCCUUUCCUGUAAGCUGUCAGAAGUGCAAUACAUUGCUAAUGG